AUUGCAAGUGUAACGGACACCUCGUAACAUGAAUUAGUGCAUGCAAAGGAGAGAGAAAGAGAGAAAAAAAAAAAAACAUACAGAAAGAUAGAAAAAUAUAUUUUGCAGAUUAAAAAUGCUCUAUAUAGAAGCUGGCUGAAGAGAAUUUGAAAAAAUAUUGAAAAUUUAAACAAUAUUUUCUCAUAACUUGUAACUAAUUUCAUCGACCCUUUAUCUGAAAAUUCACAUAUGUUUGGAUAAAGGGCGAUGUUAUGUAUCUUUGGCCACUUUAUCAAAUUCAAAACAUACCUAAAAGGGUUGAAUUUCUGAAAUUUUAAAUUGUGUUAUCCGCUCCAAUUUUUGUUGAAAAAAAUGAGAGGAAUAUCUGACAAUGUUCAUGGAGUUAUAUUAGCUAUAUCAUCAAGUAUUUUCAUUGGAUCAAGCUUUAUUAUUAAGAAGAAAGGCCUUAAAAAGGCUAGUGCAACAGGAACAAGGGCAGGCUCAGGAGGCCACUCUUAUCUGCUGGAACCAAUGUGGUGGGCUGGGAUGUUAACUAUGAUUGUUGGAGAGGGAGCUAACUUUGCUGCUUAUGCAUAUGCCCCGGCAAUUCUUGUGACUCCUCUAGGAGCUUUAAGUAUAAUUGUGAGCGCAGUGUUAGCCCAUUUUAUUUUAAAGGAGAGAUUGCAUAUAUUUGGUAUUGUUGGUUGUGUCCUCUGCUUGGUUGGCUCUGUUAGUAUUGUCUUACAUGCUCCCCUCGAAAGGAAAAUCGAAUCCGUCAUGGAUGUUUGGUACCUAGCAACAGAAACAGGGUUCAUUGUAUACACAUGCGUGGUCAUAGUGCUGGUACUUGUCCUUAUAUUCCGGUUUGUGCCUAGUUAUGGGCAGAGGUAUAUGGUCAUUUACAUCGGAAUCUGUUCUCUGACGGGGUCUCUCACGGUCAUGGGUGUGAAAGCAGUCGGAAUCGCUCUUAAGCUCACAUUCGAAGGAAAGAAUCAGUUUAAAUAUUUCCAGACAUGGUUAUUUACUGUGUUUGUUACCAUCUUUUGCCUUUUGCAGCUGAACUAUUUGAACAAGGCACUUGACACAUUUAACACUGCAGUGGUUUCUCCAGUAUACUAUGUCAUGUUUACAACAUUAACCAUCCUUGCCAGCAUGAUAAUGUUUAAGGACUGGGAUCAUCAAAAUGCAACACAGAUAAUAACAGAACUAUGUGGCUUUGUAACUAUCCUCUCUGGUACUUUUCUCCUUCACAAAACCAAAGACAUGGGAAAUAGUCCAUCAACAAAUGCUAUUCUCCUUCCAAAAAACAAGGACAUAGAUAGUAAGGCAACGAGCGAAAACCCGAAAUUAACAGAUGAGGUUUGAUGAAAUUUCAAAAGGGUUGUGAUUUAUACUUGCAUUUUGGAAGAUAGAAGCAUUUCUUGUUGGAGAAAACAAUAGAAUUUUACUUGAAGCUGGCCAAAGAGAGGCAAGUGAUUUUUGACUGUUUAAAAAGAACUCUUA